AUGUCAGACACGCGUGUGUUUAUAAUGUACCGAUACAACUAUGACAACAGCACGUGCCAAUUGACAGGAAAUUUGGACGGCUGUCGUAGACACGACAACGACUACGGAAAACUCAUCAACAAUCUGUUUGAGCAAGUCGAAAAUGCGGGUUGUUCAUCACAUCAACAGUUAUGGACCACUCUUUACCAUAUAAGUGACUAUGGGAGUUACGACUGUAUGAGCGAUAUGAUUUACAGAGCUGUUGAGAGGUAUCAGGACGCUGCCCACGACCCAUGUGUCUGCGAAGAAACAACGACAACGCCAAAGACAACAACAACUACUACUCCUACGACUACCACCACCACGACAACAAAACCAACUACUUCUUCUACCACAACAUCAACAACAACUACAUCAACGACGACCAUACCGACUACUACAGCUCCUGUCUUCAAACACACUUGUGAUCCACAUAAAGUAAUAACUAUACUGGCUCACGCACAAAUAGUCACCCACCCUGAUGCUCACCCGUGCUCUGACGUGCAAGUUGGAACGAACGAGGAUCUCGUGCUGAACGCUUGUAAUCUUACCGCGCCGACAACUUGGACACGUGGUGUCAAUGUUAUGACAAUCUGUAGCUCCAUUCCAAAGUAUACCCCCAUAGCCUCGUUUCAAUCGUCGACAGGGUAUUCGUACCACGCUGAAGGGGGCGAACAGUCUGGGGUUCUUCUCGAGUGUGAUACAGAUGGCAAUGGCUUUAAGAUGGCCACCCAGUUCUGUGAAUAUUCCCCAGAAAUUAUUCACAUCAGAAGCCAAGACUUUUUUCAGAACGAUGCCGACAACUAUUAUGUAAUUGUGUAAUGACAUCAUAACUAUCUAGCGCAUGAUGAAAUAAAGUAACGAUGGUCACAUCGAUGUUACA